UUGGAAGCGAAACGGAACGCAAUAUAAAAACGUUACUGACGUCAUCCCUCUGUCAUUUCGUGUUUCGUCCUUGUAAAUAAAAACGUGAAUUUGAAAAAUCAAGCACAAAAGCAAUCGCUGAAACAAAUACAUAGUGUUGAUUGGUCGAGAUUUCAGGUAUCAAAAUGAGUAAGCUGUGCAGACAGGUCUCCAUCGAGUCCCCUGGGCCGACCCUCAGGGAAUGCGUGUUCAGUUUCGACGUUCCCGUCCCAGACGUACCUAUGUACGGAGCUAGGAUUCGUGUGGUUUACGCUGGUGCUUGCUACAGAGCCAACAAGACGCGCUCAGCUUCCGUCUGCAGUACAUCUUCAAUAUCCUCUAUUGGCAGCCUUUCAGGAGAGAUGGAAAACUUCGGCAUACACACCCACGCCACACCUGCUCACAUCGGAUUAAGAGACGGUGCCUUAUUCCCCGGCUAUGAAGUAGCUGGAGUCGUAGAUGCCAUUGGAAAGGCUGCGGAAAGACUUGACGGGAUCAAGGAAGGUUCCAGAAUAGUUUUGUAUCCUUAUGAAGGCGUGCCAAAUGGGUAUGCGGAGUAUAUUGUGGUGCCGGAUUUUAAGUGUUUAGUGCCUAUUCCUGAUGAGUUGCCGUUGAGUGUGGCGGCGAUGCUUCCCACUGGUGCCUUGCUUGCUAUGAAUACCGUGGACACUGCUGGAGCGUACCUCAAGAGAGUGCUGGAAGGACCAGCUAAGAAAGAUAGUACGACGGUUCUGAUCGUUGGUACUGGUGGCCUGGCACUGUGGGCGCUCCGCAUUGCGACUCAUUACUUCAAGCAUGCAUCCUACAACAAUCGCAUCAGGAUCUGUGUAGCUAUACUCACGGACGAAGGCUUCAUUUUGGCGAAGGAAUGCGAAGAAGUGAACGUAGUACAAUGGAAUGAGGAUCUCUAUGAGAAGCAGCUCAUAGAGAGAACGACUGACGCGUGUGGCGGCCCCGUGGAUGUGGUGCUCAACUUUGGUACCACAUCCAGGUCGCUGCAUCGUUCAUUGCAGUGCUUGGCCCCUGGUGGUGUCGUACUAGUAACGGAGGACGUCGGUGAGAAACUGCUGCCGAAAUUCGCGAAGAAAUCUGAAGAAAUGAACGUGAAUAUUGUGAUCGUUCCCAACGGCUCCAUAGAACAACUGAAGGAACUGGUCACCCUGGUGGCAAGAGGCGAAAUCGAACCACCAGCGCACUCUGUGUUCCCGGCGGAGGAAGCUCAAGAGGUGGUGAGGAAACUCUGCAACUCCGAGAUCAAGGGCCGAGCGAUUCUCAAGUUCCACAACAUCGAUUAACCGAUCGCAGUCCAUUACUGACUAAACAUUUGCUUAGAUUAGACGGUACGUAGCAAGUAGAGUUAGUGUCAAAUAGAUUGGACCUUGUUCCGUCGAAAUUACCCUGUGAGUGGGAAAAUUACCCUCGUGAGCUGAACGUGGAAACAACAAACGGAAUGAAGCUGAUUGAGAUUUAAGCUUCAUUGAAGAUUAUAGCGGUAACCGAAGCAAAAUUAUAUCAAUAAAAUUGUAUCGAGCCAUCUUUCGGCAAACCUUGAAAAUAACGCGAAUGUUAAAUAUUUGUAAGUAAGUGAUCUUCAUGGGUUUCCGCACCGAAUACGCUAGAGUUACUGAAGAGUGUAAGAUUUCACGGAGAUUCGUACUGAGCUUGAUGCGAAUUUUGUUUUUCCUUAUAAUAAUAUAUGCGAAGCGAACAAUAUUCAAACCUUUAGUAUUUACUGCUGGCGUUUACAUUGGUGUUUUGAUGAUUUUGUUCCGUUGCUGAGCAAACUUUGAUACUUGAUAUUGUGAAAACUCAAAAUUCUAAAGUCUCUAUGAUCUAUGUCUGAUGGCUGUGACAUGCAAACUAUGUUCGGCACUACGGCCGAGCAUAAGUUGGUGGAUAUCAGUUUCUAUAACACACAACUCGAUUUAUGGCACCCCUCAAAUACUAUCGUUUUUUGAAAUCGUUAUUAUAAUACCUACGGAGUUUGAGCCGCUGAUCCUAAAUUAACAUCCGUUUUCCCGUAGUUGACUAUCAGUAAUAUUCUAAAACCUUUUAGGCGAAAUGCAAGAAAAUCUUGCGGCGCUUGGAAAAGGCACUUUCAAUAUUUCUUGUUUUGUUGUAAUUUAUGCUUUAUCCAGUCGAGAAUAAAGUGCAACCUCAUUAGUUUCAAAACGGACGGCCAGAAAUAGGUCUGGCUGCUAAAGAAUCACCAAGUUCGGUAGCGUAGCUGGCGUGGUGUUUCCACAUUUUUGACUAAAAACUUUUUUUCACUAAACGGUAAAUGCUUAUGCCAUGUCUAUUUGCGUUAGUAUAUCUAUGACAAUUUGCAUGUGGUGGCUUUCAAACUUCAUCUAAGCAUGGUUUCCAAAAACCGAUGUUUUAAUAAUUAUUUUAUUUUUAACAACAUCGUGGAGUUUGUGCUUACUAAGAAGGGCUAAUUCAUACACGUUUCGUUGCUUUAAGCUGUCAAUUACUAUUUAGAGACGGAAUAAAUUGCGUUGCACUGCGUCCGACCCGAAAACGACAUAAAAAAUCAUUAAACCCAUAUUUUUUAAGUAUUUUAUUCGAUAUUUAUUUUAUUAGUAGAGCUAUGAAGGCUCGUAUUCGGAUCAGACGCAGUGCAGCAUCUCUAAACGUAGUAAUACAGGUCCCUAGAUGCCUUUUCUCUCGGAUUCGCCUCGGGCGAAGUGCGUUCGCGAC